UGGCUUCUCCUGGCUUGAAGAAUCGAAGUUUUCGAAGCCAAAUAGCAGAUUUCACACAAUAUAGUGUUUUGUGAUUAAUAAAAUUCAUAUGAAUGAAUUUUUUCUGCUCUUUGCCGUGCAUAUGUUGCAGUACAUGAGCACCGCCAGAGUAAGUGCAAAACAGUGCUCUUCAGAGAAUGCAAUAACAAUAUAGUAGUAGUAAUACUCCUUCAGUGGUCUAUGAUUUACAUAUCCAUGUGAAUAAUAAGUCGCAUAAAGAUGACGCUACCUAAAGGCGAUUGGCUAUAUGGGGAUGACGGAAUUUUUCCUCUAACGUGAUUUGUUGCUUAACAGUAUUAGGAGUUCGCCGAGUCUACGAGUGUAGUACUUGUACUUGUUUCGUUGAUCCUUUUCUCCAAAGCAACUUUCAGUGAUUUGCACAUUUAAGCAAGUGGGUAAUUUUGAGUGGAGUAGGUCAGGGCAAGAACGUUCCUUAAGGGUCGGAAGUAUUAGUACUACACGUCCCAUAAAUCCCUUUACCGGAAGUAUGUUUGAGUUUUACUCCGUGCGUCAGGCACGAAAUAUCGUAAAUACGCUUAAAAAGUAUACUUUAAGUGUAUGGGUACAGUUAGUUACAUUAGAUAUGGCAGUGUACGUCUCAUUGCGGUAAUUUUCGUUUUAAUCCCAAUUGCAUGGACUCUUUGGAAUUUGAAAACAAGGGGCGGCUUUUUCAGUCCAGGAGCCGGAGCGGAGGACAGAUGGGCGAUCGGACCUCGCAGCACUUCCCCCUCCAAGGCGCAAUACAGAGUGAGGACGCACUGAGUGUCCAGUGGUACCACGCUGCCAACAGCAAGUCCAAAAUCGCGGAUGCGCUCAAGAGUUCAGCUGACAUGAUUGAAGCUGAUGUUCUUCUAAGGGGUCAUAAUCCCAAAGAGCCCAUUAUGGCCCACCCUCCCGACACAGACAGUGAUAUUACCUUGCAUGACUGGCUAAAAGAGGUGUCAAUGUCUGAAAAGGGAAUAAAGCUGGAUUUCAAAAGCCUUCAAGCCGUGGCACCCUCCAUAACUCUCCUGGAGAAGUUUAGGGGUCAUCUUCAUGGCCCUGUGUGGAUCAAUGCUGACAUCCUUCCUGGUCCAGGGGGUGGAGCCACUGACCUCGAUCCCGUGUCCUUUUUGAAAGCAGUAGGUUCAGGACUUCCUGGGAGUGUGCUGUCGCUUGGUUGGACCACGAACUGGGAGCGAGGCGCAGAAAAUCCAGGGUACAGCUGGGAGAUGGUGCGAGAGAUGGAGGAGGUGUGCAGGCCUCUGAAACAGCCAGUGACUUUCCCCGUGCGAGCUGCCCUACUACCUCAGUCCUUUCUCCAGAUGCAGUGGCUUCUUCAGCAAUCCAGCAGUUACAGCCUGACGGUGUGGACUGGCCAGGCCGACGAGUGGAAGGUGGAGGACCUGCUGCCCUACAGGCAGAACAUUGACAAGAGCAGAAUCUACUACGACCUUCUGGAAUCGCAGUACACCACCCUUUGGAAACUCCCAUGUUGAUCCCAGAAGGAAACUGACUGGCUGCUGAACUAAGCAAGCGACAAAUUCUGACAUUCCUUUUGUUUAAAACAAGGGCCCUUUAGGAAACAAAAAUCUUUGCUCUUAAGAAAUACUACUUAAUUUUAGCCAAAAAGUCUGUGCAGUUCUUGGUAUCUGAAGUUAUACAAGUUGGCAGCAAAUGCUCGCACCUUACUACAUUUACAUUUAUUCAUUUAGCAGAUGCUUUUGUCCAACGCAACUUCCAAUGAACU